GCAAGCAGAAAGAAUUUAGACAGGACUAGCUCAGUGUACGGAGAGCUCUGUGGUGCUGAACGAAUUCUCUGUCUAUGCCCGUGGACUCCAGCCAAGGCCAUCAAACGCAUUUAUGCAUUGGCUAAAGAGAGGCAGAUAACACACCCUGCCGUACCUAAUUCGCCAAAGAAACUGUCACUCAAAGGGAUUCCCUCUGUCGCAAGCUGGCUGGUUGCGAAGCAAAGUGGCAAUUGACAUCAGUGGCAACACUACAGGGUAAAAUAGUUGUCCUCCGAAUAAAUUCUGUCGGUAAUUUUGCCUUUUGAAUCGGCGUCUGCGUGUAAUUCAGAAAGAGUAAACGAAGAGGAUCACCAGAGCUUGGACCAGCCCUCCACCACCAACCAUCCUAAUGGAUCCUUAGCCCCUGUCUGCUGCUAUUUGACUGAUCUGCGGUCGUCUGGACAUUCGGUCAACAGAAAAGUUCUCUACAUGGACCCUAUGUAUAAAGGUGGUGCCUUGUAUCAGAACCCCCUCCAGCCAUGAGCUACCCCCAUCCUAGGCAUCCUGGGUAGGAUGACGGCCGUGUGCCCCUCUGGGGUAGGCCCUGCUGGGGCUACGGUGGGGAGCUCCAGGGGCUCUGGGGCUGGGAGUACAGGCGGUCAGGACAGGAGAUAUGCCCGCUGGAGCCGUCAGGACAGCUCAGACAUCGCUACAGAUGAUGAGGGGGUUCCUGCCCGCCAACUCACACCCCUGGAGAGGCUCAACCUCGACAUGUGCCAGGACGACAGGGUGGUCCGUGAGCUCACAGUGGGCCGACGUAUCGGCUUCUACAAGGUCCGCGGGGAGAUCGGCUGUGGAAACUUCUCCCAUGUCAAACUGGGGAUCCACGCCCUCACCAACGACAAGGUGGCCAUUAAGAUCCUGGAUAAGACCAAGCUGGACCAGAAGACCCAGAGGCUACUGUCCAGAGAGAUCUCCAGCAUGGAGAGACUACACCACCCCAACAUCAUACGUCUCUACGAGGUGGUGGAGACAUUGUCACGGUUACACCUGGUGAUGGAGUAUGCUGGUGGAGGAGAGCUCUACACCAAGAUUAGCAUGGAGGGGAAACUGUCGGACAUCGACAGCAAGAUCGUCUUCUCUCAGAUCCUCUCGGCUGUCAAACACAUGCAUGACAACAGCAUCAUCCACCGUGACCUGAAGGCAGAGAACGUGUUCUACACCUGCAGCACCUGCGUCAAGGUGGGAGACUUCGGCUUCAGCACGCUGAGCCGCCGCGAUGAGACCCUCAACACGUUCUGCGGCUCCCCGCCCUACGCCGCGCCUGAACUCUUCAGGGACGAACACUACCUAGGCGUCUUCGUAGACAUCUGGGCCCUGGGCGUCAUGCUGUUCUUCAUGGUGACAGGAACCAUGCCCUUCAGGGCGGACACGGUGGCCAAACUGAAGCGCUGCAUUCUAGAGGGGGCCUAUGUGCUGCCCUCCUGGGUACAGGAGCCCUGCCAGAGGCUGAUCAGAGGCAUCCUCCAGCCCCAGCCCUCAGACCGCUGCAGUGUGGAGCAGAUGAUGGGCUGUGAGUGGCUGCUGCCUAUAGACUUCCCUCGGGCCAUGGAGCCCUUUAAACUGGACCCGUCCUAUCUGGCCGAGAGCACGCCUUCAGAGUUGGAGGAGGAUGAGGCGGAGGUGAGGGAGGCGCUGGAGAUACUAGGGAUCACCCCGGAGCAUAUCUUAAAUAAUCAGGGGAAGGACUGUAGGAGUUCUGUUACGGGCGUUUAUAGGAUUCUGUUGCACCGUGCGCACAAGAGGCGGGCGGUGGAGAGCAUGCCUGUGGUUACACAUGUGGUCGGGUCCAGCGUGAGUAAAAAGGACCGGCUAAAGGCGUACCACAGCUUACGGCACACCUCCAAGCUCUGUGUGAUUCUGUGACGAAAAGCCUUCGCUCCUAUAGUUGAACUUUUGUUGUAGUUUUUUUUGUCAAUAAAGUAAACAUUUAUGUGACUGUGAAUGAGGAAUGAGGUGGUGAAUUUUAAAUCAGUACAACUUCUGUCUUGAAUGUUUAUCGACAAAAUGUUGGGAUUGAUGUUAGGAUUUGUUUUAUUUUUAUAUCAGUCUCUGUGUGAAUAUACUUUAGCCUGGGUGCCCGUCUUCUUCGUCUUUAUCUUACCAGACAAGGCUAAAAUUGUUCAUACGGUCAUCCAGCAGACGCUUUUCUACAAAGUGAUAUACUGUUAACGCAUACGUAUAUUCAUAUGACCUCAAGCAGCAAUAAAUCCUAUACAACUCUGGUGUAUAGCGACUGAGGCUUGGUAAAACCAGAUGUAGCAUUGUGGAAUGCAGAAAGAGUCAAGCAUCCAGGCUAAUGAGAAUGAAGAAUGUGAUGAUUUGAAUUGGAAAUCAGGAGGUGAUUAUCUCUCGAAUGUUUUAUUGCACUGUUUUUGAGAGACAUUUUUUUUUCCAGUUACAUGCCAUCAUGAUUCUAGACAUUUUCAUCUCCUAUUUCAUAAAUGCAUGUUAUUUUUAUUCAUUUUGCACAUGAUAUCCUAUCACAGUGCUUCCCCAACUUCUCCUUGAGUAGCCCCAGCCAGUGCACUUCUUCUUUGAUGUAUUUCAGAACUAGCAUAGCUGAUUCAAAUGGUUACUUAAUCAUCAAGCCCUUCAUUUGUUGAAUCAGCAGUGCUAGUUCUGGAAUACAUAAAAUAACUGGGGUGGCUGGGGGUACUCGAGGAGAGGUUUGGGAUGUCUAUAUCUCUUAGCCCGAGAGCCAGUCUGUUUUUGCUUUUUGUGCUAACUCCUUGUCACUCCUUGUCAUGCAAAACAUGUUUGGCUUGACAAUAAGCAAUGGAGUUGGCAAGAGCACAAACAGAUCUGGGACCAGGCUAGAUAUCAGCAGGUAACUGGUUGAAAGGAACACAUUGGCCUUAUUGGCCUGGUUGGGUUGACAGUUAUUUGUACACCUUACCUGUCAACGCCAAUAAUUUGAUUUUCAAUUGUUAUGAUGCCAUAUUACUGCCCAAUAUAUAUUUUCAAAAUAUUAAAUAAAAUGCUGAAAUAC